AUGACCAGUUUAUUCGGACAUCGUGCCCGAGGUAGCAAAGUCGCGUUCGUGGCUGGCGCCAACGGAAUCAGCGGAAGUGCCAUCAUUGAUCAUCUUGUCAAGCAGCCAGACAGUGAAUGGUCCGAUAUCAUCAUCACUUCGAGGAGUCCGAUCAAGUCUAUCUACACCGACCCCAGAGUUCGAUUCGUUGCAAUCGACUUCUUACGACCGGUUGAGGAGAUUGUCGAGCAGAUCAGGGGUCUGUGCAAGAACGUCACCCACGCCUUCUUCACUUCUUACGUCCAUGACAAUGACUUCUCUGUCCUCCACGUGAAGAACGGCCCUCUGUUCCGCAACUUCCUGGAGGCAACGGAUUUGGCUUGCCCUGGAUUGAAGCGUGUUGUUCUACAGACUGGAGGAAAGCACUAUGGAUUCCAACACCGGGACCUCAACACCCCCCCUGUGGAGGACACGCCUCGCUACACAGGCCCCGAGAACAUCUUCUACUAUGAGCAGGAAGACGACUUGUUCGCUAUUCAGAAGCGUCGUAACACUUGGAACUAUAACAUCAUCCGUCCUUGGGGCAUCAUCGGUUUCAGCUGGCAAUAUCUCGGAAUCAAUGAAACACUUCCGAUUGCCCAAUACUUCCUCAUCUGCCGUGAGCUCGGACAGUCUCCGAAGUGGCCCGGAACCCUAGAAAGCUGGAACCGAGUCGAGAGCCAGUCUUAUGCCCCCGGUAUCGCCGACCUAACUAUCUGGGCAGCUACCAAUGACCAAUGCAAGGACGAAGCCUUCAACCACGUCAACAGUGAUGUGAUUGUCUGGAAACACUUGUGGCACCUGUUGGCUGAGUACUUCAAGGCCCCGAUGGCCGACUUCGAAGCUCCCACAGCAGAGACCAAAUCCAUCGACCUGGCCGAGUGGGCCAAGGAUAAGAAAUCUACCUGGGAGAAAAUAGUUGCCAGAAGCGGUGGUGACGCCGAGGCAUUCCAGCUAGACGCCUUUGCCUUGAUGAACUGGUACAUCACACCUUCGCUGCAGAAAGGCCCGUUCCCUGGCACUAGUGGCAAAGCCCGAGAUCUUGGCUGGCAACGCAGUGAUGACACAUACCGCGCGUGGCUGGGCACCAUGCGGGCCUACGAAAAUGCCGGUGUUCUCCCGAUGUCGUGA